UCAGCGUUGGAUCCUGUAAGAAUAAAGAGGAUACGGGGACGAUAAUGUGUCUGACAGAUAAAGUAGGGGGACUGGGCCAGCUCGACAAUGUCCUUGCGGUCUAGUUUGAUGAUGCCGCAUCACGAAAACGGGCGAAUUUAUCAUGGAUUUAACAAUGGCAGUAAGUUGGCUCAAAUUUACCGGAAGAAACAUGAUUAUGUCUUGCCAUCUGACGAGGAAGAAAAUGAUCGAUUGGACUUACAACACCAUAUCUUCUUACUCACCUUCGAUGCACGUUUGUAUAACUGCCCCGUCGACAAAUCCAAGACGAUGCACAAUGUUUUGGACAUCGGAACUGGCACCGGAAUCUGGGCUUUGGAUUUCGCCGAUACACAUCCCGAGGCUUCUGUGCUGGGCGUGGAUAUUGGUGCAAAUCAACCAUCAUUUGUCCCGCCGAAUUUAUCAUUCCUAGUUGAUGACCUUGAAAACCAAUGGGCUUUCUCUCACAAGUUUGAAUUUAUAUAUAGCCGGAUGAUGACGGGAUCUAUUGCCAACUGGCCCCGAUUAUUCGAACAAGCAUUUGAAAACCUCAACCCCGGUGGGUAUAUGGAAUUAGCCGACAUAUCCUUCCCCGCUCGCGUUGACGACGACUCCUACCCUGAAAAUUCAGCGUUGAGAAGAUGGAGUGACCUUAUGCUUGAAUCCGCCAAAAAGCUGGGCCGGUAUGCCAACAGCGCAGCUUUAUACAAACGGCAAAUGAUCGACGCCGGAUUUGUCGACGUGGUUGAGACAAUAUACCCGUGGCCGACGAACCAUUGGCCCAAGGAUCCGAAACUCAAGGAAUUGGGCCGCUGGGUUCUCCAAGAUGUCGGGUAUAAUCUAUCAGGUAUCAGCAUGGCUCUAUUCACACGCGGCCUCCGCUGGACAGCUGCAGAAGUCGAAGUGUUCUUAGUGGAUGUGCGAAAGGAAUUUAAAGACGCAAAGAUUCAUUGCUAUUUUCCUAUAUAUGUGGUAUGGGGUCGCAAGCCAGAUACGCCUUCAUCUUCUUGACAUUUUCCACACAGAUAUGAAUAUGUUAUGCUGAGAUAAACGAUUACGAAUAUGCCAAGUAGCGUUACGUAAAAUUUGCUAUUAGAUUCAUUAUUCAUGCAAUAUCUUGUAUCACGAAACAAUACCGGCUAUUACAGAUUACUCACUCAUUUGUGAAAAUGAGAAAAGUUUUCUAACAUCAUAUCAAAUUAUACAGCAUUAUUUUCAAUUUGACUUCUUUCGCAUCCAAGCGGUAGUUAAAAUUAACCUCUAGUAGUCAUGUUUAAAAAGUCUUGGGCACAGCCAACUGGUUUGCCUUGCGACGCACAUUCGGACCAAUCAAGUGGUCAAAGGAAGGCGAGUUAGAAACCCGAGGGGUGGAAUCCUCCAAAUCCCAGAGAUAGCCAAGGGUCUUGAGGACGGAGGUAGCGCUAUAUGCCUCGGGCUUUCCAGUGGCAGGGUUAGUACCGUAGUUCUCAAUAUGGCCCGCAGGCGUGUAAGGCGAGAUCAGG